AUGCUCUUUGCGGAACAGUCUUCAGAUUCACUUGCUUUAAAUGAUUCAUCCUUUGUUCUGUGUCUGCAUGACGUGUCCAGGUCUCGCAGGAGUUCAUCGGUUGUGGAUAAUGCUUGGAUGACUGAUGAUGCUGAUGUGAUUAUAGCCCUCACCCAGUUAUGCUGGGCUGUUCCGGUGCCGAAGAAAGACCGGAAGGCGAAUGAAAUUAUCGUGAUGGAACCAUGGAGCAAGCAUUUAACGAGGCUAGGCGAGGACUCGAAGUAUUUACAGAACAACAUUAGCUGUAUGAUAGAUGAACAAUGUAAUACACCCAUCUUACCAUACAAACCGGGAAAACUUAGCAAAGGACCAAAGGGAAGCAGCGGAAAAGAAUACGUUAAAAAGAUCGUUGAUUACCUUAAGAAAUUUCAAAAGGUGUUCUUAACAAUCGAAGACAGUAUGAAGAACUUGCCCGCAUCUGACAAGAUAAUGGAAUUGCAGACCUUAACGAAUCCUUUAGUGAACGACGUCGAUUCGGUUCUUAAAAUAAACGGAGUCAAAGGCGUCAAGGGCGGGAAAAAUAAGAAAAUCAAAGGACUGUCGGACUUAUUCCCAGAGUAUUUUACAACUCUUAAGGAUUUUGAUUCAUUCCUUGAAAAUGUCAUGUCGAUAUUAAGUCUUGAGUGAUUCUGUUAUAAGAUGCCGUAAUAGAAAGUUGUUACAAAAUGUGUGUGUAAACAUAAGAACCGUUUUUAUAUUUUAUUUGCAAAUAGAAUGGUAUUCACGCAUUGGUAGCCUACAUAUUGAUA